AGGCUUUGGCAAUAGGGAUUGGAUGACAUUUCAUUAUUUUUAUCAUCAUAAACUUAAUCAGAGAGAGGCUAAAUGCAUCCAUUGAUCUUCUCGAAUGGGGAGAUUUAAAAGAGGCUAAAUCGUCCGUCAACGUUGACGGUUCGUUGCCGAGUCGGCCCCAUAACGGCUAGCCACCAAACCGCCAGACUAUAUGGUGCCUCCGACUCUCCAAGCUCCAAAAUCCAAGAGAAAUCAAAACGCAACACCCACACCUUAAACGCGCGCACCGCCACAUGAUCCUACGCACCUUGGUCUUUCAGGUUCCACUCUCCAAACCAGUAGUUCUCUAAUUGGGUGUCUCUAAUCCCUCGUCAUGUGGCGAUCUCUUUGGCGAUCCAUCGAUCGCUUCUCUCUCCAGUACUUCAAUUUUUGCAAAUGUAGAUACAUGAUUAAUGAGUUGCGGGAGAUUAAAGUAGUGGACGGGCACAAUAGGGAAUUAGUUGUAGAUAUACUGCAAUCGAUAGUAGAGAUAGUUACCUAUGGUGAUAGGCAUGACCCAUCAAUUUUUGAAUGUUUUAUGGAAUAUCAAGUUUUAGCAGACUUCGUUCGUGUCCUGAAGAUGAGUAGAGAUUCCAGUGUUGAGGCAUCAUUGCUUCAGUAUUUAAGCAUAAUGAUUCAAAAUAUGUGUAGCGAACAUGCAAUUUACUAUUGUUUUAGCAAUGACUAUAUCAACAGCAUCAUAUCACAUCAGUUCGAAUUUAAUGAGGGAGACCUGGCUCCGUAUUACGUGUCUUUCUUAAGAGCAGUGAGCAGCAAAAUAAACAGAGACACAAUCUGUCUUCUUGUAAAGGUUCACGAGGAUGCUGUAAUCUCAUUUCCGCUCUAUAGCGAGGCUCUUAAAUUUGCUCACCAUGGGGAAAAAAUGAUUCAAACGGCUGUACGUGCAUUGACACUCUACAUAUAUAAUGUUAGUGAUGAUAUGGUUUAUCAAUUUUUAACAACUCCCCCAGCCUCGCAAUACUUCUUAGACUUGGUUCAGAGCUUAAGAGGGAAAUGCUUCCAUCUAGAUGCCGUAGUCAAGACUUCAAAGGAGACUUGCGUUCAUGAAAGGAGAAAAGAACUACUUUUGGAAACUGAUAAAAUUGCUGACGAUCUUUACUACUUAAAUGACAUACUUUGUGUUGGCGAGUCUCGUUUGAGUGGAUUGGUUAUCCAAAAUCUUCUCAACUCACUGGUCUUUCCCAUAUUGCUCCCAUUACAGCAACUAAGUCAUAGUAGCGGCACAAAUAUAUCUUCUAUCACUUCCCUGUACAUUGUUUCUCGUUUUCUUCAAGUUGUUGAUGGAAAAAACAUGGUGAACUUUGUGGCUAGUGUUAUUUUGGAUCCAUAUUUCAUGAAAGAUGCUACUGAAGAGGAUGCUAGUGAUGACAUUUGUCUACCUAAUUCUUUUUCUACCAAUCUGGAUGAAAAGAAAGAGGCAGGAUGUUCAUGGCUGGAGUCAGAAGGAGCAGAAAAUAUCAAUUGGAACAUUCUGCAUAGACAUUUGCCAAAGUGCACUUCAUCUUAUCCUCAUUCAGAUGAUACAUCUGGAGCAAGGAGUGGACUACUUUCACAUUUAUUCUCUGACAAUCCUGGCCUUUUGUUAGCUUCACUCAUAUUAUUGGUCAUUUUAGCAGAGUGUAAAGAUCUUGAUUCUCUGCUAGCUUCGGUUAUUGGAUUCUCUCAAAGAGAUAUUUGGAUGCAGAAGAUGAUGACAACCGACUUAUCAGCGUCACAGGUAAAGAGUGGAAUUAUCUUCAUGACAUACAUGCCACAGAUUGUACAUGCUUUGUUGAAGGUUUUAUCACGCCAUCAACAAUUCUCAGUAGUUCUAUUGCAUACUGGAUGGUUCUUGCGAAAGCUACUAGCUUUUCAGGAAUGGAAGCUCAGUGAUCAUGAUUUUCACCUUUUCAAUACUUCAUAUCAGCAAUCCUGUGAGAAUCUUUGGAAGGAACUUGAUGGGUGCUGGUUUGAUUAUAUCCCAAAUACUUUGAGAAAUGAAUGGGAAAGCUGUAAAGCAGUUCUCGAGGAAUCACCGCAAUCUAAGGAUCUUUUUUUCUUGCUAGAACUUGAUUUCCAUGAAGGAGUGGCAGAUGGUGAUAUGGCUUCUUCUCCUGCUUGGGAAAAAAUGGUCGACGCAGUCAAGGUUUUUGUUCUCCAUCAGCAGCUGAAAGCAUUUAUAGUCAAAGGAAAUUCUCCUGAAAAUUCUUUGACAAGCUUGAGCAUCAGUUCUAUGGCUAUUUCUGGAAUAACCUCUGCUCCUGAUCUUUCAUUGGCAAAUUUUGGGUCAGAGCUGGCUCUAGGCACUGAAACUCCUUGCCAAAUUGCAUUUUCUAAGGCCGGGGUAAAGGAUGUCUAUCUAAUACCAGUGGCAAGUGAAAUAUCCGGCAAGUUGCUUCUUGUGGAAAAACAUCCCUUUCACACUCGGCGAGGUGUUGUGAUUGCUGUUGCUCCAUUGGCUGUACUGAAUCCAACAAUAGAUGAGAACCAUCCAACAUGGUUGCGUCUUCGGAUAAGAGAGUUCAAUCCAAGAUUUGAUGCAAGUAAAACGAGAAGUCAUCUCUGGGAUGCGUCUAAACAUGUAGAAGAUGGGACGUGGACACUUGGUUUUCCAAAUGCCGAGGCUUGUGUGGCUGCUCAGUUGUUAUUACAAGAGGCAAUUAACAAGCAGAGAUCAUUUGUUAAGGAUUUUCUUGCUCCCUUAGUUCAGGAUGUUUUGCCUAGAAACUGACAGGACUCCAUUGCUUCAGGAUGUUUUGCCUAGAAAUUUGGCAGGCUCAGUGUGAGUGAUGAAGCGCUGAUGAUCAUAGGAGUUCUUAGAUUAGCUCACUAACAACUUAUUGCAAUAAAAUAGGUAAGCACCAAUCACCAAUGUACCAUGGUGUGGUUCACCCAAUGAAGUUGCAACUCCACAUGGACAUUGCUGACUCUUCAAGGAUUGAUCACCAGCAAUGAAAGUGUCAGCUGUAUAGAAAGUGCUGUCAUGGAUGGUCAUUUUUCUCUCUGAGAACUUGAGUUUAAUGUACAGGUUAGUUUUUAUAUAAGUGCCUUCUUCCCACUUUUUCUUCAA